AUGAGGGUAAUGUCUUUAAUUCAUGGGAAUUUGAGUGACCACUACACAAGAGUUUGGGAUUAUGGGCAUGAGCUACUGAGAUCCAAUCCAAACAUCACAGUUAGGAUUACAGUUACUGUAAACCUUGAUAAUACCACAUCAUUUCAUAGAUUCUACAUUUGCUUUAAAGCAAUAAGAGAAGGGUGGAAAAGGGCAUGUCGUAGGGGUCUUGUUGAAGCUAGUAAGGAUAAUCUACCAUAUGUUGAGCACAGGCAAUGUGCAAGGCAUAUCUAUGCCAAUUUUAGAAAAGUUUAUAGUGGAGUGCAGGCAAUAAGUUAUGCUGCUUAUGAUCAUCUCAUGGCAAGGGAACCAACUUCAUGGUGCAGGGCUUAUUUCUUUACUGGCUUGGCUUGUGAGGCUGUAGAGAAUGGGAUUGUUGAGUGUUUCAAUGCAAUCAUUGUAGAUGCAAGAAAUAAACCUUUUCUAACUAUGCUUGAAGAGAUUAUGAUUUACAUGAUGGAAAGGGCUUUCAAUCUGAAACAAGAGGCUGAAAAAUGGGUUGGUGAAGUUUGUUCUUCCGCGAUAACAAAGAUGGAAGAAUUUGGAGAAGACAUUAAGGGACACAAUAAAACAUCAUGCAAGAAUCCUAUAGUGGUUCCAGAACCUCAACCAAAGAAAAAAAUGGGCAGGCCUAGGUUGGAGCCUAAUUUGCUUAAUUGGUCAGGAACUAAAACAGGAUCUAAAGGUGGUGGAAGGGCUGGUGGAAGGGUUGGUGGAGGAAGGAGUAGAGGUGGUGGUAGGGGAUCUAGUGGAAGAGGCAAUAGAGGUGGUGGUAGGGGAUCUAGUGAAGGAGUCCAAACAGAAUAUGGGGAGGGUACUUCUGAGUUUCCUAAAUGUGAGCCUGAACUUGUUGCCAUUCCAAAUGUUGAGAGUGAAAAUGAUGCAAGUCCAUAUUUUCACAAUCAUAUGAGCUUAACAAUUGACAACCUAAGAAAUCUUUAUACACUACAGAAAAGAUCAUGGACUGUCUUGGACUUCGUGAAGUAG